UGCCGUGACCCCGACACAACCAGAUGCACGGACCCCCCUCUGGACUGAGCCGAACCGAACUGAGCCGAACUAAGCCGAACAGGCGAGAGGAUCCCCGAGCCGAGCCGAGCCGAGCCGCGCUGGGGUCAGUCUGCGAGUCCGUGUGAUCAGCGGGGGACUCUGCAGCUCUGUGUCCGCCUGAAUGGAGGCUCCGGGCGGCCCGAGACGGAGGAUCGUGUCACUGCUGGUUCUGCUGGUGUGCUGCUCCGCUGCUCCGGGACACGCCGAGAGGGUCUGUCACUGCAGCGGGAAGUCUCUCUGUCACUGUGACGGCGUCAAAGGCCAAAAGGGUGAACCGGGUUACCUCGGAUACGAUGGGCUUCCUGGGGUGAUUGGUUACCCUGGAAACGAGGGCAACCAGGGCUUAAAUGGAGAAAAGGGCGAUCCAGGAGCUGGAGGGAGUCCAGGACUGAAAGGUUCACGAGGUCUUUCAGGAAAACCAGGUUUCCCAGGAUCUCCAGGACUGCCUGGACUCCCUGGACAUGAAGGACCCAUCGGCCGACCAGGACUCCCAGGAUGCAACGGGACAAAGGGGGAUGUUGGUUACCCAGGGUACUCCGGGGAUCCUGGAUCUGUCGGUCUCCCAGGACGACCUGGACUGCGAGGCACAAAGGGACACACGUACGCCUUCCCAACAACUGGAGAAAUCAAGGGAGCACAAGGACCGCAGGGACCAGAUGGAAAAAAUGGGCUGAGUGGAAAUCCAGGUGUACCAGGUCUGCCAGGACCACCUGGAUCUGCUGGACUUCCUGGACGUUCCGGGUUGCCGGGUCUUCCUGGAGAGAAGGGUCAGGAGGGUCCCAGUCCAGUGAUACCUGGUCCCCGCGGGCAGAGGGGACACCGCGGACCAACUGGGAUCCCUGGACCCAAAGGAAUCAAGCUGUAUAUAGAGGGACCCACAGAGCUGAAGGGAGAACCAGGGGAAGUCGGACAGAAAGGCUGUCGUGGACUUCUUGGUGUGUCGGGGAAACUGGGGGACAAAGGACAGAAGGGCGAGCGAGGAGAUCCGGGCACACUUGGUAAACCUGGGAAGAAUGGAGUCAUUGGAGAGCUUGGAUUACCGGGAGACCCAGGGGAUCGUGGGUACCUUGGCCCUCCAGGUAUUGAAGGAGCCAGGGGGGAGACAGGUGAUCGGGGUUUUCCAGGUCUUCCAGGAGAGACAGUCUGGAGUUAUAGAUUUCUGAAGGGCCAGCCUGGGGCACCGGGAUCUCUCGGACCCCCAGGAUUCCCCGGGCAACAAGGACUCAUUGGGUUUCCAGGACUGCAGGGCGAGCCAGGCCUGGCUCCUACUGGUCCACCGGGUCUCCAGGGGCCACCGGGCUCAACUGGAACUAAAGGAGAUCAAGGACAGCCAGGGCCCUUCAUCAUAGGGCCCCCAGGACAGGAUGGUGUCCCGGGAGGUCCUGGAGUUGAUGGAGAACCUGGAGAACCUGGAAUACCAGAUUUCCUGCCGGGAGAUGUUGGUCCUCCCGGGUCUAAAGGUCUGAAAGGCCUGACGGGAUUUCCUGGAAUCAGAGGGGACGAAGGGCAGACGGGUGAGAAGGGGGACCUGUGCUAUAUCUGCUCUCCUUUACCAGGCCCUCCUGCACCUCCAGGUAGACCAGGAGAGCCAGGGGAAGACGGACUGCCAGGCUCAGCUGGUUUCCUUGGACCCAAAGGUAACAAAGGGUUCAAAGGUAUUGGAGGACCACCUGGUUCACAGGGCACCUUCGGUAGCCCUGGCGUCCAGGGCUCUACAGGACCUGUCGGUGACCCUGGAGUCAUGUGGAGGGUUGGGCAGAAGGGUGAGGAUGGGGAUCCUGGGCAACCAGGACCACCAGGUUUUGAGGGGGCUGAUGGAGUUCCAGGAGCAGCAGGACCAAAAGGUGUUCUGGGAGAGAGAGGAAACCCCGGACCUCUGGGGGAAAAAGGUGAGAGGGGCCCAUUAGGCGAAACUGGUGCCAGAGGACUGUUAGGACAGAUGGGACCUCCAGGACCACCUGGGAUAGGGGCUCCAGGACCUCCAGGACCUAAAGGCAAUGUUGGAGUCCUGGGACCCCGAGGAGAUCCUGGAAAACCAGGAGACAAAGGUUCUCCAGGUGAAAUCCAGACCUAUCCGGGAAAUCCAGGACCGGAAGGAGAGAAAGGUCUACCAGGAAACCCUGGCCCUGAAGGUGUGACAGGACCUCCAGGUGUUCCAGGAUUUGCCGGUCCAAAGGGAGAAAAGGGAGAUAAAGGAUUUUCAGUCCAGGGGCCUCCAGGCUUCCCAGGGGUCAAAGGAAACAAAGGUGUUCCAGGAGGCCCAGGUUUACCAAGUUUUGGUAUCAAGGGACGGGCAGGGCCAUCAGGCCCGCCAGGGAUGCCGGGCUCCAAGGGGGACAGGGGGAUUGGUUUUCCAGGUCAGCAGGGUCGCUCAGGCCCCCAAGGAGAAGAUGGCUCAGUGGGGCCACAAGGAGACCCUGGACUUCAAGGGUCAGAUGGGGCUCCAGGAGCUCCAGGACAAGAUGGACCGCCAGGACCAAAAGGUCAUAGAGGUCUGGAUGGUAUUACCGGUCCUGUCGGUCCUGUUGGAGUGUGUUUACCUGGAGCUACUGGUCCUGAAGGAGAGCGCGGAUCAAUGGGUGUCAUUGGAUUCACAGGGAACCGUGGCCCAAAGGGUUUGAAGGGCGACCCUGGGCUGCCAGGCAUUGGAGCCAUUGGGUCUCAAGGGCCAUAUGGGGCCCCAGGGUUUAAUGGAGAUAAAGGGCUAGUAGGAGAAGUUGGACUGAAGGGCUUGAGUGGGGCCAAUGGGGAGCCAGGAAGUCCAGGUAUCAGAGGGGACGUGGGUCCUCCAGGAGCGCCUGGGAGUCCAGGGGAGGAUGGAAAACCAGGAGAGACCGGUCAACUUGGACAGAAAGGUGAUGAUGGUGUUGAUGGGGUUAAGGGUUCUCAGGGGCCUGUUGGGAUUCAAGGAGACCGAGGAGCACCAGGACCAAAAGGAAUCCAAACAUCCGUGGCAGUGUACGGAGACCCUGGAGACCCAGGAGAUCCUGGACCCCAAGGUUUCACUGGUUUGAAGGGAGAGAGGGGCCCCAUGGGUCCCCAGGGCCCAGAUGGCAGCGACAGUAGAUCUGGAAACCCCGGGCCACAGGGACCUACAGGAGAACCCGGGAGUAAAGGACAGAACGGACCUCCUGGUCCUUUUGAACUCAACGGUAACCAAGGAGUUAUGGGGAUUCCAGGCUACAAAGGUGAGAAAGGCUCUACAGGACCGUGUGGAUCAGCUGGUUUAAAUGGAAUACCAGGACCAGGAGGAUCAAAAGGCCCUAAAGGAGAACCAAGCCCACCUGGACCAGGAUCCAAAGGAUUUCUAGGAGAGAAGGGGAAUGCAGGGUGUCCUGGUCCUCAAGGUACAAAGGGGACCCCAGGGGACUUGGGAGUCCCUGGUACCCCGGGAGAAUGUGGUCCCUGCGGUCCUAAAGGAGAGAAAGGACCCCCAGGAUGCAGAGGUCCUCCAGGGCCUUCUGGUGAAAAGAGCUGUGAUGGACCUUCUGGAAAAAAUGGCCCUCCAGGACCCACAGGCCUCACAGGAAACAAGGGGCCUCCUGGAGAUCCUGGUCCAGCUGGUCUCAGAGGAAACCAGGGACAGGACGGGAUACCUGGACCUCCUGGAGAAAAAGGAGCCAUGGGAGCUCCUGGGAACGGGCCCCAGGGCCGGGAGGGAAGGAAAGGUCCACCUGGGUGUGCUGGGGAACAGGGUCCACCUGGCCCCUGUGGGCCUCCUGGUCCCUCUGGUCUUGGUGGACAUCCAGGUUGUACUGGUCCUCCUGGACCCCCUGGUCCACCUGGUUGUCCUGGCAAGGAGGGAAUUUGCAUUGAAGGAGCCAAAGGAGAAAGUGGAUUCCCAGGAGGACGAGGACCCAAAGGUUCAAAUGGCUGCCGAGGUCCUCCAGGUCCUCCAGGUCCUGGUUUUAAAGGAGAGAAGGGAAACAAAGGAGCAACAGGAAACUCAGGACCACCUGGAUGUCUUGGUGAACCUGGACAACAAGGCAGGCGGGGUGAAGACAGACCACCUGGCCCACCUGGACAGAAAGGCCUGAUGGGGUACACAGGUGUAUCAGGACCCAUCGGUCUAAAGGGGGAGGAAGGACCGCCAGGAAGCGUUGGCUUACGAGGACCUCCAGGACCACCUGGGAGGAGAGGUGAGAUGGGGAAGGACGUAACCAGGGAAGUGGUGCUGAUACCAGGAGACCCAGGCAUACCCGGAGAACAGGGACCCCUAGGACAAAUGGGCCCACCCGGGUCCAGAGGGAGUUCUGGAGGUCCAGGCCCUAAGGGCUUCAGGGGCGGGGCAGGUGGACGAGGAGUCGAUGGUGGACCUGGACUGAAAGGAGAUCAGGGAGAACCAGGAUACCCCGGAGUAAAAGGUCUCGAAGGUUUCCGAGGUGCGGUCGGCUCUAAGGGUCCUCGAGGUUGGCCGGGUUCCAUCAGAGAGGCCCCGGAGCACGACGGCUUCCUGUUUACGAGACACAGCCAGGAACUCUUUAUCCCAGAAUGCCCUGCGGGAUCAGCUCAAGUGUACAGCGGAUACUCACUGCUGUUCAUCAAUGGGAACAACCGAGCUCACGGACAGGACCUGGGUACCUUAGGUAGUUGUCUCCCUCGUUUUACCACCAUGCCCUUCCUGUUCUGUGGCACUGACAGGACCUGUCGCUACGCCGCACGCAACGACUACUCCUAUUGGCUGUCCACCGAUGAAACACUUCCCAGCAGCAUGCCCUUCAUCUCCGGGGACUCACUGAAGAACUACAUCAGCCGGUGUACCGUCUGUGAAGCCAGAGCCAACGUGAUCGCUGUCCACAGUCAGACCAGCUUGAUUCCAAACUGUCCGUCAGGCUGGGACCCUCUCUGGUUUGGAUACUCCUUCGUCAUGGAAACGGGAGUCGGGGCAGAGGGAUCCGGUCAGCCUCUGGCUUCUCCUGGAUCGUGUUUGGAAAACUUCCGGAAGAUUCCCUUCAUCGAGUGUCACGGCCGAGGAACCUGCAACUACUACACGGACUCGUACAGCUACUGGCUGGCUGCUCUCAACCCCAACGACAUGUUCAGUAAACCGAAGCCUCAGGCGGACACCGGAGCGUUUCCAGGAAGUCUGAUCGGCCGCUGUCGAGUGUGUAUGAAGAGUCUGUGAACGCCAACGCUGCUUCAACUACUGACUGAAUCUAUGACUGUAAAUAUGAAUACUACUGAGGACCACGGUGCUUCUUCACACCAGCAGUGAGACGCGUUUCAUCCAAACGUUUGGAGACACGACUUUAAGAUAACGAGCAGGGAACUUAGUUCAAAGAGUCGUCCAAUCAGAGGGCGGAUUGCUUAACCAUCAGUUUGAAACAUCUCUCUACUUCAGAUUUCUUUUUUAAGUACACAAAUGUAGGUUUGUCAUUUUCCUUCUUCAUCAUUCAUUUAAACAAAAAAACAUCACAUCUUAUUACCUGCAGCAACAAUCACCUUUUUGUUUUCCAAGUAAACAAGAAUAAUGAGAGAGAAAAUGUUUAAUUUAAUUGUUAAAAGUGUACUCAUGUAUUACCUACUGCUACUACUACUGUAAGAGCAGCGUCUGCAUUAAUCCUAAUGGUGCUGACACUAACGCCACGUCCUCUCCUGUAAACGUUCCCACCACUAAUACUACGACUACGAGUGCUGUGACACUGUUUUAAAUACUACCACUGAUACGCCUAGAGUGUUAAAUCCUGCAGUUCCUGGAGUGUCCACUAGAGGCUGGCUGCAGAAGCACAGGAAGUCACAUACACACCCAUUCUAAAAAGCCUGUUUUUACAGCAGAGAUUAACAUGUUUACAGCCUGGUUCAAAAAACCAAAUAGGUGUGAUUAGCUCAUGUCUCGAUGGACACACACUGUACGGGGGGUGAAUGUUUUGAUGACUCAUCAGUUUUGAUUUGAUGAAGGAUAAGAGUUAUUCACAAUAAGGCGUGUAGCUGACCUGAUUGACAGGUGGGCGCGGUGUAACGGUUUGUCAGGAGGUUUAAAACCCGCCUCAGCUCCAGCUCUCAGCCUGUCGUUAGGUUGACUGAACGUUAGACUGAGACAGCAUUUCCAGCAUGGAGACCGCCAUCCAUGGGACUCCAGCGCCCCCUGCAGGAACAGAUGGGGGACGCCAUCGAUGGGACUCCAGCGCCCCCUGCAGGAACAGAUGGGGGACGUCACUCAGGCUUCAAACAUUCAUAUUUACAGUCUGUGAUACUUGUGCUAACACUGGACGUACUGCUACAAGGCGAGGUAUGUUUAUUGAUAGAGCACCGUUCAUACAUAAAGAACUUUACAGAGUGAAAAACAUUUAUAACAUCAUGAGCAUCAACAGACGUGACAGUGAGCAAGAUGUCUAUUUUGUGUUUCAUAAUUAUGACAUGAAACACAAAAUAUAUCAAAUCAUCCUCUAAUAAGUGUUCUGCUCUGAGCGCCUUUCCGUGAUAAAGUGCUCUGAAGUACCUGAGCACAGAGUCUUACCUUCAGACCGACACAGAUUCACCUGCUGCUGUCGUCUGAUUGGAAAUGUGUUCUGUUUUCAAAUCCAAACCAGAGCGUCUUCCCGAGGAUUGAGGCUCACAGUUUGCUCCGUCUGUGUGCUGUCACAGAAACCCACCAAGGGGGGUGCUGGGUCUUUAAGCCCAACACCUGAAGUCAUUAAAAUAAUAAUCAAUCGAAAUUCAUUAAGAUUGUAAAAAUGUGUCCAUGCAGACUAGAUUAAACUGUGAGAAAUAAGUGGAAAUUAAUAAUUGUAAGGUCAACAGGAAGUGACUGAAUGUAUGGAAGGCAGCAGUAAAUGAAAAUGUUUUGUUUGUGUACCACUGCUGUCAACACUUAGAAUAACACUGGAGCUGCAGUACCUGCUGCCGCCACAUGAGGGCAGAGCCAAAGCACCAAAAAGAAAGAGAAAAAAAGAAAGAAGAAGCUGCAGUUCCUCUGACGGCCACCAGAUGGAGCUAUGAGAGAACUUAAAGUGAAAAGAAAGUGGCAACAUGGUACAUGAUUUGGGAGCUCUGUAAGUGGAGGAUUUCACAGCAAUGCACUCUGGGUCUUGUAGUUGAUUUGGACCUUUUUUUUUCUUUAUAUUCUGUGUAAAUGGUGACAUUAAUCAGAGUUUACAGUGUCAGACAACAUGAAACUUUAAAAGGUUUGAGACGCUCGUGACUUCUCUGGUGUAAAUAUUCGGACCCUGUUGAACUUCAUUCACACGACAUGUUGUGUUUUCUGUGAAUAGGAUUCUUGUUUAGUAGAAUAAAAACAUGUUUUACAUAAAACACUGUCUGUGUUUUUCUGUCUGUUAUGAAACAGAAAAAGAAAAUGUUUUUAUGAAGCGUGUUUUGAAACGUAUUAUCAGUAUCUGUUAGUCCUGUUUUUAAUCGAUGUUCAGAUAUUCGAUUAUUUUAAUUGACUGGAGGACAUUCUGAGCUUCUUCUGUUGUUUGAUUGAAUUUAUGUAAAUACUUUUAUUCCCCAAAUUAAAU